GGCCACGCGGCAGCAACCAGAUCAGAGACCGUUGGCGAAGGAAGAAGCAACAAAGAUAAGAUUUUUCUUCUUCUUCUUCUUCAUCAAUGGCGUCUGCUUCUCUCAAAUCCUCCCCUGUUCUUGACAAGCUCGAGUGGGUCAAAGGCCAGUCUCUCCGGCAGCCAUCCGUCUCCGUCGUCCGCUGCCACCCCACCGCCGCCCCCUCCACCCUCACCAUCCGUGCCGCCUCUUAUAGCGAUGAAUUGGUCAAAACAGCCAAAACGGUGGCGUCGCGGAUAUUGGCUAUGGAUGAGUCUAAUGCUACCUGUGGAAAGCGUUUGGAUUCAAUUGGGUUAGAAAACACAGAGGCGAACCGUCAGGCUUACAGAACUCUGCUGGUCACUGCACCAGAGCUCGGCAAGUGCAUCUCCGGUGCUAUACUUUUUGAAGAGACGCUCUACCAAUCCACCGUCGACGGCGAGAAGAUUGUCGACGUUUUGGUGAAGCAGGGCAUUGUUCCGGGAAUCAAAGUUGAUAAGGGGUUGGUGCCACUUCCUGGUUCCAACAAUGAAUCAUGGUGUCAAGGACUCGAUGGCCUUGCUUCUCGCGCUGCUGCUUACUACCAACAGGGCGCGCGUUUUGCCCAAUGGUAUCCGAUCCUAGCAUGGGGUUGGGCCGAAACCCUAAUGGAUUUAAGGUGUUUUUAUAUUGAUUUUGGAUUGGGGUUUUGCAAUAUGCAGGACAAUGGACUGGUGCCGAUUGUGGAGCCAGAGAUCUUGCUGGAUGGAGAGAACGGAAUCGACAGAACCCUCGAGGUAGCCCAGAAAGUUUGGGCAGAGGUGUUCUUCUACCUUGCAGAAAACAAUGUCCUGUUCGAAGGAAUUCUUCUGAAACCAAGCAUGGUCACUCCAGGAGCAGAGAGCAAAGAAAAAGCCAGCCCUGAAAAGGUUGCAGAUUACAACACUGUGUCUCUUCUCAAAAGAAGAAUCCCUCCAGCAGUUCCUGGAAUCAUGUUUUUAUCAGGUGGGCAAUCGGAGGUAGAGGCCACAUUGAACUUGAAUGCCAUGAACCAAGCGCCAAACCCAUGGCAUGUGUCCUUCUCGUACGCCAGAGCUCUGCAGAACACAUGUUUGGAGACAUGGGGUGGGCGGCCGGAGAGUGUGAAGGCCGCACAGGAUGCUUUGAUUCUAAGAGCCAAGGCAAACUCGCUUGCGCAGCUUGGGAAGUACACUGGUGAGGGUGAGUCCGCUGAGGCUAAGGAGGGAAUGUUCGUCAAGGGCUACACAUACUAAGAUUUUAUAUGUAUUAAGAAGAUGAAGAAGAAGAUAAUGGCUAAAGUUGGAUGUGUUUAUGAUGAUGAUGGCUAUUUGCAACCAACUAAAACUAUUUUGGUGAAUUCUUAGGUGUAAUGAACGUUUUGGAAAGAA